AUGGCACAGACACCCCUAAUCGAUGACAGCUUCUUCGAGAAGAUUGACGCAGUCUCGAGUACGGACGACAAGACACGGUGGUAUUACUGCGUCAUCGUUAACCUCGCUGCCUUGAACUUUCCCGAGGUGGUUCCCAGUGUCUACGAGCGUUUCUCAAAACGUGUUAUGUCCACGCUGGACCAUGAUGCUCAGUUCAAGACCGCUCAGAAGCUCAGAGAAGCCCUCAUCAAAAGCUGUGGGAUCAUGGGAGCUGCUAAGACCGGCACGGCCCUCAGGCUUCUUGGCACGCAUAUACCAAAAGAUUUGAGGGAUCCAGUUGCACAUCGUGCCAAAGAAGAUCAAGCUUCGGCUUCUGAACGCGGCCAUGCAUUCCACAAGAGGAUUUACGGUCGGAAUCCGGAGUUUGACUACAAUGCCAGUGGAGAUGCCAGCCCAGACUAUGCAUUUGUUGUUCGGGAUCUCCUGUAUGGUAGAGUCUUCUCGUUCGACGGCAUACUGAAUGAUUUGGAGACAGAAUAUGUGGUAAUAUCUGCUCUCAUUGGAAUCGACUGCCAGAAUCAGCUUCGGCAUCAUAUGAAGGGUGCGCUGUACAAUGGCGCGACGAGAGAAGACCUUCAGGAACUAUAUGACGUCUUGUUGGACUUGGCAGAGAGGCUGGGGGUGAAAUUCCGAAGCGAGAAGCGCGAAAUCCCAAGGAUUGAUUGA